AGAGAAGCGUCUUCAUUCAUUGGGAGGUGAUUAGACUGCCAACCACUCUUAUCCCAAUUGACCCUUGGACCCGAAACACAAAGCCCACUCUGACCUAAAGACAACAGUUGGGUUUACAAAAAUUCAACAUUAACUGCCUUUUAGCUUCUAAUCAGCUUCUUGGAUUGAAGAAGCAUGAGCAAGAGAUCAUAGCAUUUUUCUGUGUGCUUCUUGAGAUAUUACCUGGAAAAACAAACAUGUUUUUGUCCUUCCCCUGGAGCUGGGGAAUUUUUGAAUGGAAAUUUAUAGAUUCAAACUCAAUAGACUGUUUUUUUCGAGGGCUCGUGGGUGCAUGUGGAAUAUCGGUGCUGUGCAAUUUGAUAAGAGUUUACAACCUUAUUGAAACAUGCAGGGAUUCUGAGACUAAAACUGAAAGCAAACCGAGUUUAUUCUCACUUGGCAAUCUUCUGAGAAGGAACUGUAUAAAAGCUCUUCAGUUCUGGUUUCUGACGGUCCUCCUGUCUCUGGUGGGCUCGAGGGUCUCCUCUCUCAUAGUCCUGGAGUUUUCUCUCAGAGCCGUUUCUGCGUGGGCAUCAGCAGGCCUGGAUGCCCGAAGCAGAGGCCUGGACCUGCUCCUGACCCAGUGCCAGUUCUCCCUGGGAUGCGCCCUCACCUGUACCCUGCACUUCCUCCAUCAGGGGGCUCCACACAGCUCCCUCAGCUUGUUUCUGGCAGCUGCUCUCAGCUGGGCACUGGCCAGUGCCUGCCGCAGUUUGUGGAGCCAUGUGGCCAGACUCUACCCGCUACAUAGCAAAGAGGGUUACUGUGGGAAGUGCAGCACCCUCCUGGCCUCUGGACACACCAUAUUGGCUUCAGUACAAAGAGCGGUUGUCUUGGCCUUUGCAAUAGCGAGCGUGGCGUCCACUUCUACCGUUUAUGACCACUUCCUGUCCCAGAAAGAUGCUCUAAAGUUUUGGACUCCAUUGACACUCUGCUACACCCUGUUGGUUGUCUACAUUCAAGAGGAUCAGCGGCGGCAGACUGGCACUGAGGCAAUGCUACACACCGUCGUGCUGAGACUGGGAGCCUUACUGGUGCUCAUGUUGACAAUGGGCAACUGGUCUGAUGUCCUCCACGUCCUCUUCAGUUUCCUGGGUGAAGCAGUCUGCCUACUGCCUUCUCAGGACCUGCUGAAAGCCGCGUUACAGGAAGAAGAAGAAGACAUGAGAGGACCUCCAGCAGCAAGGCAAAGGAACACAAUGAAAAGAUCAUCAGAUCGAUAAUCUACCUCAAAUAUCAGAAACUACCUCAUAUGUCAAGAUAUCUCAAUACCUUUAAGAAUAAUAAAACGAUCAUUGUCGCCAUGCUUCAGAUGAAUUCUGGACUUAACUGUUUUUGAAACCUGUUUUAAAAUAAGAAACAGAAGGAGGAGUUUGUAAUUUUACGCCAUAAAGAAGCUGCUGUCUCAUUUCCAGUGUUAACUUGAAGAUUUGGCAUUUAUGUUAUUUUGAUGUUGCAUGUUAUGUAAGUCAAAUACAUGGAAACGCGUUGUCGAGCUGCCCACUACAUUUGUAAUGCAGAUGUUUUUUUAAAUCUAUAACACAGCAUAAUUAUACCUAGCCAAGACUAAUAUUUCCCUCAUGAAUAAAACUCAAAAAGCAUUAAUUAAUAGCAGAAGAGUGAGCAGCAUAGUGACCGACAAAAAAAUGUAUAAUGGAGAAAACAUUUCUAUAACGUAUGGUUAUACAUAUUAUAAUUCCUGUACUUUGAAGGGAGCUUUAUAAAGUUUUUUGGAAAAGGA